AUGAUGCUUGAAGUACAGUGGUUUUAUCGUCCAGAAGAUGUGGACACAAAAUACGUUAGACACUGGAAAUCCAAAGAUGCAAGAGAACUCUUGUACAGUCUCCAUCGCGAUCAAGUGAUUGCUGAAUCUGUGAUGAAAAUUUGCUCUGUGUAUUUUGUGCCAGAGAAUGAGCAAAUCCCAAACCGUGGAGAGGACCAUGAGUUUCUUCUUUUUGUGAAAGUACCAGAGCACCCUGACUUUUUCGUGAGUCUGUUUGAUGAUUGUGCUAAGAAGAAGGUGUGGAAGCUCAGUGAAACCAACUUCACCGAGCAGCAACGGCAAGAUUUUGAUGAUGUUGUGGCAAAGACGAUUGAGAAGAAGAGAAAGUUGAAGAGGAAACAAGCGUUUCCAAAAUGGAAUGCUCCUGAAGGCUUCAAUGUGUACAAUUAA